GCAGCCCGGGCUCGCGCCACCCGCCCGGCGCCACUACAGCGAGGCGGCGGCCGACCGCGAGGACGACCCCAACUUCUUCAAGAUGGUGGAGGGCUUCUUCGACCGCGGCGCCAGCAUCGUGGAGGACAAGCUGGUGGAGGACCUGCGCACGCGGGAGAGCGACGAGCAGAAGCGCAACCGCGUGCGCGGCAUCCUGCGGAUCAUCAAGCCCUGCAACCAUGUGCUGAGCCUGUCCUUCCCCAUCCGGCGCGACGACGGCUCCUGGGAGGUCAUCGAGGGCUACCGGGCCCAGCACAGCCAGCACCGCACGCCCUGCAAGGGAGGUAUCCGUUACAGCACCGACGUGAGUGUGGAUGAGGUGAAAGCUCUGGCCUCCCUGAUGACAUACAAGUGCGCCGUGGUUGAUGUGCCGUUUGGGGGUGCGAAAGCCGGUGUCAAGAUCAACCCCAAGAACUACACCGAUAAUGAGUUGGAAAAGAUCACGAGGAGGUUCACCAUGGAGCUGGCCAAGAAGGGCUUUAUUGGUCCUGGCAUCGACGUGCCCGCGCCAGACAUGAGCACGGGCGAGCGGGAGAUGUCCUGGAUCGCCGACACCUACGCCAGCACCAUCGGGCACUACGACAUCAAUGCCCACGCCUGCGUGACUGGGAAGCCUAUCAGUCAGGGUGGCAUCCACGGACGCAUCUCAGCUACCGGCCGGGGAGUCUUCCAUGGGAUCGAGAACUUCAUCAACGAAGCUUCUUACAUGAGCAUCUUAGGGAUGACUCCAGGGUUUGGAGAUAAGACAUUUGUUGUUCAGGGCUUUGGGAACGUGGGCCUGCACUCUAUGAGAUAUUUACAUCGUUUCGGUGCUAAGUGUGUCGCUGUUGGUGAGUCUGACGGGAGCAUAUGGAAUCCAGAUGGCAUUGACCCCAAGGAACUGGAAGACUUCAAAUUGCAACAUGGCUCAAUCCUGGGCUUCCCCAAGGCAAAGCCCUAUGAAGGAAGCAUUCUGGAGGCCGACUGUGACAUACUGAUCCCUGCUGCCAGUGAGAAGCAGCUCACCAAGUCCAAUGCACCCAGAGUCAAAGCCAAGAUCAUUGCCGAAGGUGCCAACGGGCCGACGACUCCAGAAGCUGAUAAGAUUUUCCUAGAGAGGAACAUUAUGGUUAUUCCAGAUCUCUACUUGAAUGCCGGAGGAGUGACGGUGUCGUACUUUGAAUGGCUGAAGAAUCUCAACCAUGUCAGCUAUGGCCGUUUGACCUUCAAAUAUGAAAGGGAUUCUAACUACCACUUGCUCAUGUCUGUUCAAGAGAGCUUAGAAAGGAAAUUUGGAAAGCACGGGGGAACCAUUCCUAUUGUGCCCACGGCCGAGUUCCAGGACAGGAUAUCGGGUGCGUCCGAGAAAGACAUCGUACACUCUGGCUUAGCCUACACCAUGGAACGUUCGGCCAGGCAAAUCAUGCGCACCGCGAUGAAGUACAACCUGGGCUUGGACCUGAGGACAGCUGCCUACGUCAACGCCAUCGAGAAAGUCUUCAAGGUGUACAACGAGGCCGGCGUGACCUUCACAUAGACGGUCAUGGCUGCUGCUCCCCCGCCCCCACCUGUAACUUCUGCAGACCUAGCACACGUUUACAUGUAACCACA